AUGCCAGGGGAGCAGCCCCUCGGAGCACUGCCCCUGGCCAUGACCGGAGACCUGCAGCCCCGCUCAGCCUGCCACAACUCAGGGCGCCCCUCCCGGCCCCCCAGCGAGGAUGGCACCCAGGCCUGUAGGACCACCAAGGGCACAAGGGAGGUGGGCAGUGGGGCCCAGGCCACAGAGCUCCCUAAGGCUCAGCCACAGCAGGCCAGUGAGGUGGAACCUGGGGCCCUGAGCAGCAGCCUGUGGCAGCCCAGAAAGGGGGGCAGCCUCCAGGGUCCCCCAAGGAAGGGCCAUAUGCAGACACGAGCCCGGCGACCUGGCAGGGGGGAUGGCAGCCCACAGCAGGUCUACAGACUGAGCAUCACUGGCGCAAAGGACAAACAAGCCCCAGACGAGAUCCCCGAGGACCCCCCACUUGAGGCCCCCCAGGGCCCAGGUACAGGAGCCCCCCUCACACCCAGCCUCCUGAGAGCCGAGGCCCCACCUGUGCCUGACCAGCUCAGCUUCCAAAGGUGCUUCCCGGAGACCCACUCCAGCUUUACCUCCACCGACUAUACCUCACCCAGCCCCACCCCUGGGCCCCCACCCCUGAGUGCCCCCCGGUCCCGCGGGCCCAGCCCCAGCAGGCCCGCCUCCUACUUGGAAUUCCCAGCCAGCAGGGCCAACUCCUGGCCUCCUGCUGCUGAGAGCAGCUUCCCAGGUGCUAAUUUCGGGGUCCCUCCCACCGAGCCUGAGCCCUUUCCCGAAGACAGUGGACCAAGCUCCAGCGCCGGGGUGGUCUCCUUUCAGUACCCCUUCCCAGCACUGCACAGGGCCAGUCCGAAGCCCUUCUCCCUGGACACGGCCCGGCAGGAGUAUGCCAACAACGGGGCCGUGGUGUUUGCCUUCCACCUGACUCAGGGCGCAUGGCCAGAGGGGCCAGUGGGCGCUAACCCGGCCUAUCAACUGCCUGCCCAGCCACCACCCUCACUGCUGCCCUGCUACCCGGGCCCAGCCAGCAGUCUUGACACACCCCACGACCUCAGUGGGGCUCUCUCCCCACCUGGUGUUGCUCCCCCAGCCCCCAGCCCCUUCCUGGCCAGUCUGCACGAGAGCCUGACCCCAGCCCUGCCCGAAAGGCCGCCAUCAGCCCAUGACGAGGCAGCAAGUCCAAGGGGGCCCCCAAAUCCUCUGCCCCCAAUGCACUUUCUCAGCAAAGCCUAUGGCAGCCCCAAAGCCCCCAGCGUGGGCACUAGCCCAGGACCUCUGGACAAGGAGCUUGCCACCCCGGGAUGCACGCCCACCCCACGGCCCCAGUUGUGGGAGGGGGCCAGCAAGGCCUUGCCCCUGAUGGACCCCGCCACAGCCCCCCACCCCACUGUGCCCUCAGUGCCCCCGGCCACAGCCAGGGGAGCGUUCUUCAAAGGCCAGGGGCUCUGCCUUCCGCAUAGCCCCCCACGGCCCUGGCCCCCAGUGCUCCCAGUCACCAGGCCCAGCCCUACCCCAGUGGAGCUGCUGAACCAGUUGCCAUACCCCACUGGGGCCCCCAAGUGGCUGAGCAGCAGCCAAGGAGCCCUGGGUGGCCCCAGCCACACGCCUGGGCCAGCAGAGAAGUUGGCGGUGCCAAGGAACAGCCCUGGCACGCCCAGCGGCAGCCCCCCUGGGCUUUUCUCGUACAGUGGCCUGCAGGACGCAGCUGCCCAGCCCCUAUUCUUUGGGGUGACCCCACCCCAGUCUUCCCCCCGUGGGAUCCCCGGGCUGCCCCAACCCAGAGGGGUGGGCGCCUCCCCAAGCGAGUCCCCGCUCCCCUCACCUGCCACCACCGUGGCCAGCGGCAGCUCCUGCUCAUCCUUGUCGCCGCUGUCCAGCAGCCCAGCCAACCCCAGCUCAGAGGAGGGCCAGCUGCCUGGGCUGCUGGGGCCCUCAGCCUUCUUCCACCAUCCCACCCAUCCCCAGGAGGGUGGCAACACCUUCCCGCCCCCCAAGCCCCUCCCUGCUGUUCCCAUCCACUACCAGCCCCAGCCUGAACCGCCCAAGGCCUUCCCGUUCCCGUCGGAAGCGCUAGGGCCCGACAGGGCCUUCGAGUGCGUGGAGGAGGCACCAUUCACCAGCACGGGCCCAGGCUCAAGCAGAGCAGCACUGGGGGAUUUUUCCCAGGAGCCGCCUCCAUACUCUGCUCACCACUUUCCCCUGAGCAGUGCCAGCCUGGACCAGCUGGACGUGCUGCUGACCUGCCGGCAGUGUGACCAGAACUACAGCAACCUAGCCUCCUUCCUGCAACACCGGCAGUUCUGUGGCCUGCUGCUGCCCAGGGCCCCCGAGGGCCCCCCAGGGCCCCCCACGCCCACCCCCCCAGUGUUGGCCACACCCAGGGCACCAGCCGACACACAACACCCGAGCUUACUGGGCCCCACCAAGAUGGCCAGCUUCCUGCUUGAUGGGGACGUCCUCCAUGGCCUAGUCACUGCCCCGUUACCGCUCCCAGCCUCGGACCUGGACCUAGAGGAUGUCGCCAAGCUGGACAGCCUCAUCACCGAGGCACUCAACGGCCUGGAGGACCCAUCAGACACCCCUGAGAUCGACAGCAGCUUCAUUGACGUUUUUGCCGACGAAGACCCUCUGGGCCCUAGAGUCCCCAGCACUGGACAGCCCCCCAAGACCAGGGUAGGGGCGACUUCAGAGCCCAGGGCCCAGUCCCUGCUCCUAGCCAUGGCACCCACACCAGAGCCCAGAGCCCCCUGCCCUAGGACUGAGGGCUGCCCGCCAUGCAACAGGCCUGAAACACGCUCCUGGGGCCCGGCUCCCCCAGAGGCAGACGAGGCUGGCCUGGCUGGGCAGUCCAAGAGGAGCAAGCGGUUCAAGUUGCUCCAGGAUGGGCUGGACAAGGCCCAGGCGCCUAGUAGGGGCCCCAGAACCAUCUGCCUGAGGCCUAGGAGGAAAGGUGGCAGAGCGGAAGCACCCCCACCUCGAGUGCGAGACCUCCGGGCCCAGACCCCCAGGGGUCACACAGACACUGGUGGCCAGGCCCUGAGCACCAGCCCUCUGCCUGUGCAGACCCGGCCCCUGCAGCCAUUCCGCAGGAAAGAAGCCCGGAGGAGGGCUGCUCGUGGUGGCCGCUGGAACAAGGAGCUCAUCCACAAGAUUGUACAACAGAAGAACGAGUUCCGAGAAUAUGACUACGCCUCCGAGUCCGAGGAGGACAAGGGCCCGGGGGCUGCACCUGACCCUCCGCAGCGGGCAUCUGGUGCCAAAGGCUGGCCCCGCUUCAACUGCCAGGGGCAGCGCCGAGGGGAGAAGAAGAAGGACAUACGGGCCAGAGUGACCCCGGGCCCCAGAGACGAGCAAGACCAGCAGACAUCCAAGAAGGUUGUAAGGCAGGAAGCAGGGGCAGACAGGGGCUCCCCGGACCCAGAGUCUCCAGGUGAGGCUGCCUCAGGCCCAUUGCAAAGCCCCAGGCUCAGAGAGCCCCAGGAGGAAAGAGUCCCCAAGGGUGCCAGUCACACUUCUGUCAGCACAGGGACACCAAAGCAAAAUUGCCCACUGCUGGGCUUCUUCCAAGAGACCAAGCAUGCUGAGAUUGCUCAAGAAGUCCCCACUGGCACCACGAAACUUCUCAGAGAGGUUUCCAGUCUGUCUCCGGGCAACGGUGUGGUAGGAGACAGCAGCCCCCCAGCCCCAGAGCAGCCCCAACCUGGCCGAGAAGACACCAGCCCUCCCCGGUCAGCAGGAAGCCUCACUGGCAUGGAGCCAAGGGGACACACCCCACCAGCAGGUGCAGAUGGCUGGCCCCUUGUCUCUCCUGACGGAGGGUGCCCGCCAAAGUUCCAGCCAGGAGAAUUGCUCAUGCCCACUGCAAGAGUCACAGAUGCUGCUCGCCCCGCACCCAUCACCCUGCUUUUAAAGAGCAAGGGUCUUGGCUGGGAGCCUCGUCAGUGUAAGGGAGACCCUGUAGGGGUCCCAGCUGCCAAGAAAGGGGCCCCAGCCUGCAGAAGUCCUCCCAGUGACUUACUCCUCGGGCCCAAAGAGCCGGCUGGCCCCUGCUUCGAAGACCUGUGCUCCAAACCCUUGGCUCCAAAUGGGCCAGUUGACAGUGUGUGCCUUUGCCGGGACACUGUGGAUGCCAGUCCCCUUGUGCAAAAGUCUCCCAGGAAUGCAUCCUACCCUGCUGAAAUGGAGCCCGGCGACGUGCAGUCCCCACUGACAUUGGAGCCCACCUCACUCUUCAGCAGGCUGCCCAUAGACAGGUUCGACCCCCUGCUUUAUGACAGCCUGCUGGCAAAUAAGGACAACCACACGCCACUCACCUGUGCCAACUCGCCCCCGAGGAAGUCCCUGCUGGACCCGCCGUACCCCAUGUGUGUGCCCCAGAAAGACUGGUCACUGCUGGAGGAAGUGUCCCCUGGGCUGCCCAGCGAUAUGGGCCACUUCCCUGACCCCCCAGGGGGAAGGUCAUGUGGCCAGAAGGGUCUCAGUGAGAAGCCAGCAGCGCCCAGCCUGCCCCCUCCACCAGGGAAGGGAAGCGAAGGUGGUGCUACAUUUGUGAACAGCCUGUCAGAGGAGGAACUAGAGAUCAAACGGCUGGUCACCGAGCUGGAGAGUCAGCUGCAGACAAGCAUGGUCGAAGGCCAGGCCCCCAUGCUACCGGAUGUGGAGCCCAAGGGCAGCAAAAACCUGGGGAGAGGCACACGCCAGCCCCCUACACCACCUGCCAGCCCAGCCACCAUGCCCCAGCAGGACACGUUCUUGGCAGACGGUUUUGCUGGUCUUGGGAGAUCAAGUCCAUGUCAGGACAGUGCGGAAACGGCGGUGGCUUCUGAGAAAAGGGCUCUGGGGAGCCCCCAGGGGUGCUGGCCCUGCCCGGCCUCCUGCCGCCUUGUGGAAGUGGCCCUGCAUCCUGGUGUCCGAGAAGGUGUGGAGUCCACAGCUCCUGUCAGCCCCCCUGGGGCUGGCCACACUGUUCAGCCAGCCCCCCAGACGGCCAAAGUCCAGAGGAUGGAGCCUGCCCAGGCAGAGGGGGAUGGUGGGGUCUGCCUGGACAUCGAUUUGCCCAACCCCAUCAAGCCAUUCCCAACCCUCCUGGAUGCCAGGAGCUCCACAGACGGCAGCCCAGACCGAGAGCCUUGGUUUCCUAGGAGUAACGAGACCACCAGAACACACCCAGGUGGGGAGGUCCUGCUGCCGUGUCCCCGAAAACGAGGAGAGGGCCUGUCCCCAGAGCCCCUCAAGGCAGGGAGGGCAUGCCAAGAUACUCCCGAGUCAGGGACCUACGGCAGCCCCAUCACCCAUCCAACACCUAGCCUGGAGGGUCAGGGUGGUGGAGGUCUCCCUCUGGGGGCCAUACCCCUCUCUGGUGCCAGACACUGCGGUGCUCCCCAGGAACAAUCAGUGGGUAACAAGGUGUCUGAACCAGCAAAGGUGCAGUCGAGCCCUGUGCCGCAUCCUGCCCAUGUGCCCGAUGCUGGUCCAGGGAUCGGGCCCCCGGCCUCAGCCACCAGCCCUGGUCAGCUCCAGCUUCUGGUGGCCAGAGCUGCUGAAAGUGAAGAUGGAGCCAAGUGCCCUCAGCACAGUAAUCCCGCAGGUCCAGGAGGGGAUGGUGUAGAUGGUAGGAGCGUAGCCGGAAGCCAAGCCCAGAACUCCAACGGAGAUUUGCAAGGGAUAACUGCUCCUGCUGUGGCCGGCUGUCCGCUGGGGCCAGAGGCAGAUCGACACCUGGGCUCACUCAGCCAGGCCAGGUCUUGGGCCCCAGAUCCCAAAGGCCAAGACAGCCAGCUGCAGCCAGAGGAGCAGGGGGCCUUGGGGGAUCCAGGUGACCUCGCCAUGGCCAAGGCUGAGCCUGGAGCCGCACUGACCAGGCACACCGGGGCAACAGGCGGGCUUGGGGGACAGUUUGAGGGAGGCAGGGUGGCCUGGAGUCUUCAGUUUCAGGCAGGGGACCCCCCAACUCCCAUCCACCCUGGCAGGGGGGCCUCAGUGCUGGCCCUGACAGCUGCCCAUGCUCAAAAUGGACGUGAGAACCAGACUGCAGAGACAGCGGCCAGCCCAGACCAUAGGAAGCAACUGGGGCUUGCUGGGGGGAGUCCAGUAUGCCCUGUCGAGGACCUGGCCCACUGCGCCCCCUCACUUGCUUCUGCAGCCCCCCAGGGGCCCUGCAACCCUGAGCACAUACCCCGGGAGGACCCUCCCUCUGUGCCUGCAGGUGCCAGGGGGGCCCAAGGCAAGCCAGGGGGGCUGCUCCCAGCAUCUCCAUCCUGCAGGGACUCCCCCUGCCUACAGCAUCUGCUGCCUCCUUCCCCAACUUGGACACCCCUGCAAAGAGCCAGCUGCACCCCUGGCCCCACCAGUGCUGGGGCUGAGCAGCACCCAGCUGUGCCCCCACCGGGGAGGACAAGCCCCUGUGGCCCUGAGGGAGGCCUGGCAAACAGCAGCCCCCUGGAGGAUGCACCUUCACAGGGCCAGACUGGCUCAGACUUCACUCUUGCCCGUGAGGGGCACUGCCCUGACAGCAGCAUUUCCAGAGUGGUAGAGCAUUCUGGAAAAGAGAGGCAGAGGAGGCCCUCUGCCCAUGCAGCCCUGUCUCCCCAAGCGGGAGCCGUCUCCCCAAGAGGGACCGGCAAGGCCCCUGGCCAUCCCAGCGUUCCCGCUGAAUAUGGCGUGGAGGUGGCCGGAAGGCUGCCGACACUGGACGCCAGGGUUGUGUCGCCAGGGCCCUGGUGUACUUCCUCAGAGCCCCCAAGGAGCACUGCUCCUCCAGGUCCCGGGGAAGGCCAGCAUGUCACAGCCAAACUGACAGACACGUGUCUCGUGGAGGCCACAGGGCCGGAUUCACACUCCUGCCCGGAGGACAGGGCAGGGGCCAGCAGCGAUGGCUUGGAGGACCCCGGGACACCUGGUGCUGGAUGGUCUAGUUCCCCCCAGAGCCACAGACAUGCCCCCCGCCAAGCACACAGGGGAGACCCUUUGUGUCCCCAAGACGCCAAGCAGAAGCCCCAGGGCUUUCAGAAGAAGCCCCAGCCCUUGGGGCACAGUCAGAGGACGGAGGGCCCUGGCCCGGGGGUGCUCCUCAUUGUCACCUGCGAGAUCUGCCGGGCCUCCUUCCGCUCCGGGCCUGGCCUGAGCCGGCACAAGGCCAGGAAGCACCGCGGUGGCCCCUCUUUGCCACACCAGGCUGGCCUUCCCGCCCAUGGGGCCCCGGGGCCCCCAGCCAGCACACCCCAGGCCCCUGGGAAGAAAGGCCGCAAAGCGCCGGGGAAAGAGAAACCAAGGAACAAGCUCAUGGGGCCCAGUCUCGCUGUGGGGCCACCAACCCCCAGCCAGGUCUCCUCUGAGGACAGGCUGGGAAUGGAGACACCCUUGGAGGCCAGGCAAGGGCUCAGCGUUUCUGGGGCACCAGGCUCCCCACCCCACCCUGAGCCAUGGAGCCCAGACCUGCUCAGCCAAGGGAUAGGCAUGAUGCCUUGGUCCCCCAGACCCAGGAAGUCUGACGAGCUGCAGGGGAACGUGCCCCAUCCACAACACGCAGAGCCAAGAGGAGCCCAGAGAGGCAAAGAGCCGGGGGGCUUCCCCAGUGACCUGGAGGGGAAAUCAAAUCAGAAAGGGAGGAAAGCAAGCAUGAGAAGGUUCCGGAAGAAGAGCAAGCCUUCUGACUUGGAGAAGAGCUGUCCUCAAGUUGCCCCUGAUGUGAUUCCAGGUAGCCCCAGCGCAAAUCCAUCAAGUGCGAUUGCCAAUUACCAAGCCCAGCCGAGCCGCUGCCUCUCACCAGAGGGAGAGAGAGAGACAGAUGCGGGGCAGCCACCACGCACUGCUGUGCCGGGGCCAGGGGUGACAGCAAAUGCAGAGAAUGUGGGUCCCAGGAUGUCAUCCACCAAGGAGACACAGGCCCGAAGCCCACUCGGAGAUGUGAUGACCCCAUGCCAGGCAGGGCAGGAUGCAUCAAGUGGAUUCUGGGGACUGAGAGAACCCAGAACACUUGGAGCUGGCACAAAGCCAUCACAUGCAGCCGGGAGUAGGGCUGCAGAUGAUGGCAGGUGGGCUGAGAGCAGGCCAGGGGAAGGUGUAAUGGGGGCAUCCAAGCCCACCUUGGAGCCCUCAGGUGCUCCCAAGGCUCCCAGUUCCGAAAUGAGCAGCCCUCUUGGCUGCAGCCCCCAAGGCUUCUUGGACCACCCAGAGGCUGGGGACUGCAUUCAGGAGCUCCAGGGCAGUGUGUCCGGAGACUCCAGCCUGGGUCUUGAGGGUCCCCUGGGCCUGUUUGAUGAUGAGGCCUCAUUUUCUCAGCUCUUCCCUCUGGGCAACCGCUUGACACGGAAGAAGAAUCCCCGUGUCUAUGGGCAACGCAGUAAGAAGCUGAAGCCGCCACCACCACCACCCCCGAAGCCCCGUAUCGAAGUGGGGGGGCCUACCACGCCAUGCUCCACUCGCCUGCCCACAGACCUGAGUGACUCAGGCUCCCCGUGCCUGUCCCAUGAGGAGCCCUGGGCAGAUGAGGCCCCUGGCCUGCCCGAGGCCUUCUUCGUCGAUGGUUUCCUCAGCAGCAAGGUGCCUGGGAUCGAGCCCUGGGCCCCCAGCCCCAGCUUGUGGCCCCUGGAGCAGCCUGAGAAGGGACCCUCCCCGCUCACUGCCCCCACUGAGGAGGCACCCACUGGCCCCUGCCUGGACAACCUGUCGGAGGGCCUCCCCGAGCUGCACAGGGUCCCAGCUGCCUGGCAAGGCCUGGAACUGCAGGCACCCCCUGAUGAGGCUUCCUCCUCUUUGAGGGAAAUGAGCCCUGAGCCCCCCAGCCUAGAGAGAGAAGGCUCCAAUGGCGGCCCACCUGGAAUCACAGGCCUGCCACAGUUCCCAGCCCUGGAUUUCAACGCGCUCAGCACCAAGUUUGAAAUGCAAGACCUGUGCCUCCGGGGGCCCUGUGAAGACCCCAUGGGACUCUCUGGCAUGAGCUUUAUGGGCCUCCAGGCUGAGGCGAGCUCUCAGGGGUCACAGGACACAAGGCUGGAGGCGACGGGCAGGGGCCCCGACCGAGACUGCCCGGUGAAAGACAAGAGGGGCACCUACAAGUGCAAGGUGUGCUUCCGGCGCUUUGGCGGCCUGGGCGAGCUGGACCUCCACAAGCUGGCCCACAGCCCUUCGCCACCACCCACCUGCUACAUGUGCGUGGAGCGCCGGUUCAGCUCGCGCCAGCUGCUGCGCGAGCACCUUCGGGAGAAGCACGUGCAGUGCAAGGCAGGACUGUGGGCCUGUGGCAUGUGCCUGCGCCAGGUACCCGACGUUUGGAUGUACAACGAGCACCUGCGUGAGCAUGCUGUGCGCUUUGCCCGCCGGGGCCAGGCAAGGACAUCCCUGGGGGACCUGCCUGGCUGCCUGGAGGAGGGCAGUGUCAUCCCACACUUCCUCAACGGCAUCUUGGGGCAGGCCUCUCAGCCCCACAGGGGCCAGCGCACCACCCCCAAAGCCAGUGGGGGCCCUGGAGAGGCCCCAAGGAGGACAAAGGCGAAACCCAAGGCUCCCAGGGCCAACCCCUUAGACCAAGAUGGCACCUUGAUGCCAGGCAGAGGCUUGAUCAACACCAACGUUGGGGCCAAUGACAGCCCACCCAACCUUGCUCCAUCCAGCUCUGCCAAGGCGCCUCCCAGCCUGUCCCCCAACCCCCAGUCCCUCAGUGAGCCCCUCCUCAGAGCCAUGCCUGUACAUGCAGACUGCAAGGACCCCUCCCGCCACUGCCACCACUGCGGGAAGCAGUUCCCCAAGCCCUUCAAGCUACAGCGCCACCUGGCAGUGCACAGCCCACAGCGCAUCUUCCUGUGCCCCCAGUGCCCGCAUGUCUAUGCGGAGCACCGCCAGCUGCGCGCCCACCGUGGCCGGGAGCAUGGGGCACGGGGGGAGCCAGAGCGGCCACCCACACCACUCUACACGUGCGAGCUCUGUGCCACCGUCAUGCGCAUCAUCAAGCGCUCCUUCAUCUGCAGCGCCUGCAACUACACCUUCGCCAAGAAGGAGCAGUUUGACCGUCACAUGGACAAGCACCGAAGGCCUGGCCAGCAGCCAUUUGCCUUCCGCGGCGUGAGGAGGCCGGCGACCCCAGGAUGGAAAGCCCCAGCCCUUGAGGGUGCGCGGCCCAGCAAACGGCGCCGAGUGGCUGUGCCUGGCAGCGCCCUGGGGCCCAGCAUGGACAGGCCCCAAUCCCAGGGCAGCAGCCCUGCCCCAGGCACCGUUUCCUCCCCAGCCCUGCACCUGCCGUGCCCAGAGCCAGCUCCCAUCGCUGCCCAGGGACAGUCCCAGAUGCAGGAGAGGACCCUGAACCCAGAGGGCAGCCCAGUGAGGGCAGGCGACCCGCUGCCUGACUGCCAGGAACUUCUACCCCCGCCCCUGUCUCCUUUCCCAGUCCCCCCGGCUGGUGGCAAAGUUGGGCAAGAGGAUGAAGGCCCCUCUGGCAGUCCUGCGCCCCUCCACCCUCACACUGUCCCUCCAGAGCUACCCCUGCCCCUGCCAGGGGGCGGAAGCCAAGACGGAGAGGAAAAGAUGCCUCCACGUCUGUUCUCGGGAAAGCACGGGAGCCCAGGUGCCCCCAGCAAGUGUGCCCCUGACCUUUCCCUGGAAGACCCCUCCCUGGCCCAGAGAGAGAAACAGGUGCCCAGAAGUCACAUGGUGCCCAAAGAGGGCCUGGAGGGCGCCUCCCACAAGGGGGGUGCCACCAAGGCCGGGAGUAUCCGGGAUUCCUCAGAGAGCAAGCUGGCAGUGUCUGCCCCAAGCAAAGCGCCCACAGUCCCUGUGCCACCGAGGAAGGCCGUGCUGUGCCGGGUCCCCACAGAGCCAGCCCAGGAAGCUGAGGACAGGCCAAGGCCUACCACCCCCAAAGCCAAGCCAGACCCCAGCUCCCAGGACAGUGGGGAUCCCCGACACAGAGUCACAGCAGGGGGCGGUAGCCAGGCCCAGCCAGCCACUGGGCAGCUCCAAAGUGAGACAGCCACCACCCCCGCCAAGCCCCCCUGUCCAGGCCAGAGCCCCCCGCCAGCCAAGCCCCCUCCCCAAGCCCCAGCCAAAGGCCACAGCCAGGGGCCCAGGGGAGCCAGGGAGCAGGGGCCCCAAGGCAGCCUGGGCCCCAGAGAGAGCAUGGGAGGUGAUGGGAGGAAGAAGGGCCGCACCCCUGGACCCACAAGGAGCGGGAGUGCAGGGGGCCUGGGGAGAGCCCCCUUGGUGCCUGACAGGCCCCCCCGGAACCCCCGGAAGCAGGCAGUCCCAAGCCGCGUGCCCCCUGCCAAGCCCCGACUGAGCAGACAGACAGACAAGGUACCGCUGCAGACCUCAGAGUGCCGGAUGGGGGCUCCUGGCGUCAGCCUUGGGGGCUUCCAGAGCAGGAGGGAGGGGCCGGGCAUGGCUGCCCCUGAGAAGAGGCCCCCACACGGGCCCCCCAGGAGAGGCAGAGCUGUCCCUGCCUUCCCCCGAGCCCUCUGCACUGCUGAGUCCCAGAACCACCUCCUCAGCCAGCUCUUCGGGCAGAGACUGACCAGCUUCAAGAUCCCGCUCAAGAGAGACCCGGCCGAGUAG